AUCUUAAAAAAGAGGAAGAAAUGCCGCCAUACCUUUAAAUUUUUUUUUGAUAUUAUAUUUUCUGUAAUCCAAAGUUUUGUUAAAUAAUUAAUUGAUAUCGUACAUUUAUACGAAUAACUUAAUUCUAGCGAAAACCACCUUUUUUGUUGUUUUACAUAUUGUACAUUGUUUGUGUAAUUUAAGUGUUAUUUAUACGAAUUUCUCAAUUGUGUUUUAGUCAGAUAUACAACAUGCAAAAUUUGAAAACUAAAGGAUAUUAUGACCUAAAUAUACACAAAAGCUGCUUUGAAAAUGAAUUCAAUGAAAGCUUUCUCAAGAUUUUAUAUUCAUUUGGGUAUCGUACAAUUGCCAUUAGUCAGACAAUUGAAGACACUAAUUUAGAACCAAAAUCUAAGAAAAAGAAGAAAGGAGAAUCCAGGGACCUGUUUGAUGUUGUACCCGAUCCCUUAGAAGUAGAUGUUUUAAAGAAAACAGCUUCUCGUUUAGGACUCACAGAUUUUACAUUUUUAACUAGACUAACAAUAAAAGUAACAUUUCAAGAAAAUUUGCAUAGAAUUUUAAAAUCACCUAAUUAUAAGAAGUACGGCCUUGUUGGUUUCGUUCCAAUGACCCAUACAGCUUUUAUGUUUGUAUGUAGCAAUGUCGAAGCAGAUAUAAUAUCUUUUGAUCCUGAAAAUAAGAUACCCAUAAGAUUAAGUAGGAAAGUUUAUAGUAAACUAGUAGAUAAGGGCUAUCAUUUUGAAUUACUGUAUGGUCCGGCUAUAGAAGAUUCAACCAAGAGGAGAAAUUUAAUACAAAUGGCUCACCUUUUUCACACUUUUGGAAAAUCAAGAAAUAUUAUUAUUUCGAGUGGUGCAGUACAACAUAAUUUAAUAAGAAGUCCGUAUGACAUUAUUAAUUUGGGAUUAUUGUAUGGCUUAAACGAAUUGCAGUCAAGAAAUGCUGUUCUUUUUUGUCCUAGAAAUGUUAUUGUUAACUCUGUUGGACGCAGACAUGGUAAGGCUGUUAUGCUAAUUGAAAAUGUUGUAUCUGAAGAAUCAGCAGAAGAAAUAUUGAACAUCGACGACAGUGACGAUGCGGAUAUGGAAGUUGAUGAACCUGCGGCAAAGAAAUCAAAAUCUGUUACAGAAAAUUCUGAUAAAAAUAUAAGUUGAAAUGUAUUCUUUUUUUUUUGUUUAUUCCUCAAUAUAUGCGUUAAU